CUGAGCGAAUGACUUCUCCCUCGGUGGGGCUGGAGCUGGGUUUGCUGCGACCCCAGGGAGCCCACGAUCGCGCCGCCCCAGCCAGGGAGUCUGUCAGCACCAGCGUCUCACCGGCGCCUGGGACCAUGGCCACCGACUCGUGGGCUCUGGCGGUGGACGAACAGGAGGCAGCGGCCGAGUCGUUGAGCAACUUGCAUCUUAAGGAAGAGAAAAGCAAACCAGAUGCCAAUGGUGAAAAUACCGAUGCUAUGAGGGAAAGUGCUGUUGUCAAGACCAAUGCUAAUGCAGAGAAGGCAGAUGAAGAAGAGAAAGAGGACAGAGCUGCCCAGUCCUUACUCAACAAGCUGAUCAGAAGCAACCUUGUGGAUAACACAAACCAGGUGGAAGUCCUGCAGCGGGACCCAAAUUCCCCACUCUACUCAGUGAAGUCCUUUGAGGAGCUUCGGCUGAAACCACAGCUUCUCCAGGGAGUCUAUGCCAUGGGCUUCAACCGUCCAUCCAAGAUACAAGAGAAUGCAUUGCCUUUGAUGCUUGCUGAGCCCCCACAGAAUUUAAUUGCCCAGUCUCAGUCUGGCACUGGUAAAACAGCUGCCUUUGUGUUGGCCAUGCUCAGCCAAGUAGAACCUGCAAACAGAUACCCCCAGUGUCUGUGCCUCUCCCCAACUUAUGAGCUCGCCCUUCAAACGGGAAAAGUGAUUGAGCAGAUGGGCAAAUUUUACCCUGAACUGAAGCUAGCUUAUGCUGUCCGAGGCAAUAAAUUGGAAAGAGGUCAGAAGAUCAGUGAGCACAUUGUCAUUGGCACCCCUGGGACUGUUCUGGACUGGUGCGCCAAGCUCAAGUUCAUUGACCCCAAGAAGAUCAAGGUGUUUGUUCUGGAUGAGGCUGACGUGAUGAUAGCUACUCAGGGGCACCAAGAUCAGAGCAUCCGCAUCCAGAGGAUGCUGCCCCGGAACUGCCAGAUGCUGCUUUUCUCUGCCACCUUCGAAGACUCCGUAUGGAAGUUUGCCCAGAAAGUGGUCCCAGACCCAAACAUUAUCAAACUGAAGCGCGAGGAGGAGACAUUGGACACCAUCAAGCAGUAUUACGUCCUGUGCAAUAACAGAGAUGAGAAGUUCCAGGCCUUGUGUAACCUCUACGGGGCCAUCACCAUUGCUCAGGCCAUGAUCUUCUGCCAUACCCGCAAAACAGCGAGCUGGCUGGCAGCAGAGCUCUCAAAAGAAGGCCACCAGGUGGCCCUGCUGAGUGGCGAAAUGAUGGUGGAGCAGAGGGCUGCGGUGAUCGAGCGCUUCCGAGAGGGCAAAGAGAAGGUGCUGGUGACCACCAACGUGUGUGCCCGCGGUAUUGAUGUCGAACAGGUUUCUGUUGUCAUCAACUUUGACCUCCCCGUGGACAAGGAUGGGAACCCGGACAACGAGACCUACCUGCACCGAAUCGGGCGCACGGGCCGCUUUGGCAAGAGGGGCCUGGCAGUGAACAUGGUUGACAGCAAGCACAGCAUGAACAUCCUCAACAGAAUCCAGGAGCAUUUUAAUAAGAAAAUAGAAAGAUUGGACACGGAUGAUUUGGACGAGAUCGAGAAGAUAGCCAACUGAGACGCUCCACCAGUCGCCAGUGCCCACCCCCGGCACUCCGCCUGCACGGGAGACCGGUGCUUUCACGGCACAGGCCUCGACAGUCACCACAAAGACAAAGGCAGAGGAGAGAGAAACUACCUACCUCAUUUUAAAUUACGUUUGGACUAGACAUAAAUUGUGCAACUGAUGGGGGAAGGUAGAAAAAAAUUGUUUACACAACUUCUAAGGAUUAGGCGUGAAUACACAGAAAUUUACCUUUUGGAAAUUCCGUCUUUUUUUUGGCCAGCUUCUUCCCCAUCCUGAUGUUGUCGCUAAUCACUUGCUCAAGAUCCCUGUGGCAGCCCCUGCCUAUUUUCUGGCGAGGAGUGUUCAGGACAGCCACCAGACAGAAUAGAGGUGAAGAGGGACGCAGAGAGAGGCCCCAAGUAGGAUAGGUGUAUAAGCCAGCCAUCAUGUUUGGAGUAUGGCAUGAGGCCUCUGAGCUGGUGCUUUGGAUUUGGGGUGGGACAGCUCAUCUGAGUGUUGUCAGCUCCCUCUGUCCUGAUGCCCACAGCAAGAAAGGAUUUGCUAAGCAUGGACCAAAAUGCCACCCUGGGACUUUUGGUGUAUGCAGGCUUGUGUUGCAGGACCACGACAUCCUGGUUCUCAUCAGCAGGUGCAAUCUGUGUAUGGUGCACAUCUGAUUACUGGUGGUCCCUUGACUGUGUUUGAGCAAGGCCUGUGGACAAAUCAUUGUGGAGUUUGUGGUGGCCCCCUAGCUUGCUGCACAACCUGGGCUCACAGGCACUUGCAGCAUCUUUUUUAUAAUCCCUAAUGUCACCUUGACCCCUUAGAGCCCCAGGCAAAUAAAAGGUGAUCUAAGGUUUGGAUCUUCAGUAAAAAUUGUGGCUUCAGGUCACUCAUGGCCAGCCUCAAAGCAGCUCCAGAAGUGAUCAACAGUAGUCACAAAUACUUGCUUUGUCUCCAGAUCCCAGAAGGCAAGAUUUGUCAGAGCUGGGGUAUGAUUUCAGGUAUCUGGUGUCUUGGUUGUAAAGUGAUUCCAAACGACUGUGUUCACAGUUCUUGGAAUACAGAGUACAAUAAGGGACUAGAAGGACUAUGGCCAUUCACCUGUGCACUGCAGGAGUAACUGCCAAGGACUUGGCUCCCUCCUUACUGGGCAUCUUUGUGCAGAACAGUCAGAGUGAAUAUUAGUAACGGACGAUUCCUCGUACCUGGCCAAGGCCGACGGUACCCACGGAAUUACAGAGCAAGGAUGAGAUGAAACUGAAACCCCAGCCACAAGGAGUCCUCUCCAGCUCUACUGAAUGGCUACUUUGUCUAGGCCCGGCCCUGGAAGAGGGAUUUUCUGUGAUGAAAACUAUUCCAAUCC